AUGACGUUGCUAUUGGUACCAAAUGCAUUUAGCGAGUCUAGGCGCAUUGCAUGCAUUUAUUUAUUGAAGUUGUAUCAUAUUUGGAAUGAUGAAAUUGUGCUUUACCUAUUGGGUCCUAGUGAGCUGCACUUUGAUCCCGAGAUAGAAAAGACAGCUCGUGCUAAUCAGAAGGCAGCAAGGGAAGCUCUAGCUUCAAGAGACAAAGCUACAUCAAGUGGUGAUCAAGACUGUCCACCACAGAAUUUUGUUGAUAUGGAUUACGAACAAUACCCACCGGUCGAUGUCCAACCACCUCCUCCACCACGAAGACGUACCUUAGGUGAUUACGGAAGAAGGGACAAUGAUGCAUUGGCAAACCAAGGCUUCCAGCUAGCCAAUCCAGUAUCAUUUGACAUCAAGAACACGGUGUUGUUCGCAUUGAAGGAGAAUCCAUACUCCGGUUCAGAAUCGCAGUGUCCGAACUUGCACUUAUCUCACUUCUACGAGGCGUGUGACUACACGGAUCCUCCAGGGGUAAGUGAGUCCGACAAGAGGUUACGGUUGUUUAAGCAUUCUCUGUCCGGAAGAGCCAAAGAUUGGUUAGAUACGAUCCCAGCUGGUACAAUAGAAACUUGGAGGCAACUCGAGAGGAAAUUCCUUGACCGUUACUUUCCAAUUCAUAAAUUUAUGGAAAGGACAGCGGAGAUAAGCAAUUUCGAACAAGCGGAUGGUGAAACAUUAUAUGAUGCUUGGGAAAGAUUCAAGGUGUGCCUCAAGAGGUGUCCAAACCAUGGGUUCGAUGGACAUAACCAAAUGCAGAUGUUUACGCAAGGUCUUAGAGCUCAAACCCGCAUGAUCUUAGAUGCAUCAGCUGGAGGUUCUUUGAAAAACAGAGAUGAAGCCGAAGCGAGAGAGCUGGUGGAGAGUAUAGCACAAAAUGAGUACCGUGCAACCAAUGAUAGAGGAGCAAAGAAGAGAGGAGGAGUGUUAGAGCUUGACACACAAACUGCACUCUUGGCCCAACAAAAACUGAUGACAAGUCAAAUGGAGGCCAUGAUGAAAUUUCUGUCCAAUCCUCAAGCUCAAGCUUCUUUGGUAGGUAAAGUUGACAAUGUGAGAUGUGAUUUUUGUUUGCAAGACCAUCCCAAUGGCGGCUGUUUUCCGGAAGGUUCAGAGGAAGCCAAGUACUUGGCUAACUUCCGGAAACCAUAUCCCAACAAUAACAACGGUUCCGGAUGGGGAAACAUGCAAGCUCAAGGAUCUGCUCAACAACAACAAAGACCUCCCUCAAGAAUGGAGAAGACAUUAAAUCAAUUUAUGAUGAUGACUCAAAUCAAUUUUGAAGGUAUGAAGUCAAGCCAAGAAACCUCCAACAAAAACCAUGAAGCAUCAAUCAAGAAUCUUGAGGUACAAAUGGGCCAACUUUCAAGGCAGUUCUCUAUGUUGCAAAACCAAGGAGGGUUUGGUGGAAACACUCAAGACAACCUAAAGAAUGAAACGUGCAACGGAAUUACCUUGAGGAGCCGCGAAGUUCCGGAAAGACAAGUUGUUGAAAAGCCUAGUAGGAAGAAGGUGAAUGAGGGAGGUGUUGAAAAAGAGAUAGAUGAUGAUGUAGUUGAAAAAAUGAGAAAAGAGGGAGAAGUUGAAAAUGAAAAUUUGCCUAGGAAAGUAGAGUUACCCCAAAAGAAGAAAGAUCUGGGAAGCUUCACUAUACCAUGCUCCAUUGGUAAUCUAACCAUCGAAGAUACCAGAGCGGUUGCUAAGCCAAUUGUGCAUCCGAAGGGGAUUCUACAUGAUGUGCUUGUAAGAGUGGCUGGUUUUGUGUUCCCGGCAGAUUUUGUGGUGCUUGAUAUAGAAGAAACUAGUGAUUGGGAACCAUUACUUCUUGGAAGACCAUUCUUGGCUACAAGUCGAGCCCUAAUUGAUGUGGAGUUGGGUGAACUUAUGUUGAGAACCGAGGACCAACAAAUUGUUUUCAAUGUCCUCGAAACUAUGAAGUGUUAUGAUGGAGACCCAUAA